CUCAACAGGAAACUUCCGCACAUCCACGCCCGCAUCUGGCCGGCCAGGUUCUCGACCCGCGACGCCGGAGAUGCAACAUCCGACUACGAAGGCUGCUACCUAAUUGGCCUCACCAGAGCCAAGGACAUCGACUCCAAUACCACGAUUGACGGUACCGCGUCAAAGGAAGCCCUUAAAUCAACCCUCGACCGCUUCGAAGAACAAAUCCGAAGCGACGACCGCUAUUACGAUCCCACCUCCUCCUGGGUCCAGGUAACCCACGUGAAGCAAUCCGCCCUCGGCGACCUCGCACUCGACACCCGCGAAUGGGGCGUCUACGUCGCCGACGACGAGGCGGACAGCGACUCUGAAGACAAAGAUCUCGAAUCCGAGGACGAUCUUCCUGGCGAGUUGGCUGCGACAACGCUACAGGAGCCACGCAUCACGCCUGUCGCGGCGGCGAAGCUACGACCAGCGGCUGAUAUUCUGUCACGGCUGCGUUGGGACCCGAACCUGGAUUCGCAGAAUUAUAUCGUUGGGUAUGAGGAUCGGUUCCUGGGGGCGAAGGAGAUUGCGCUGGAGAGGUGGAAGACGGAGCAGACGGAUGACGAGUUCAUUCCGCAGCAUCGGAUUCUGUACUUCAAGCGCCGGAGUGAUGGGGUGGUGGUUUGGGAUCGGAAGAUGAGGGUUGAUUUGAUGUUUAGGAGUGGGGCUAGUGGUGCUGGGGGAGUAGAGAGGAGAGAGGAGGAGUAG